AUGCUUAUUGUGUGGCUUGGUCAGGAAGCGAUAUACAGCGGGACCAUGAUGACAAGGAUGCUAGUGACAAAUGGUGAGAAAGAUGUGUUCAAACGAGUGCUUACCGCCGGCAACAUUGACUUCGUCUUCGCAGACCAUAGGCCUCAACUGAUCCGCUCGGCAUUUCUUAAGUCGCACUAUACCCACCACGCAAAACAAUCAGCGUCACUUGGGUGUGUGUACAUCACUACAAAGGAAUACUGUCUAUCCAUUACAGCAGAGGACUUUCUGUCAAACCACAACUUUGACGAUGCCGGUAGAAUGUCUGGAAAAGACAUCUUUUUCAAUAGUGGAGAGUUUCCUACUCGCGGAAUUUUGGAGGUUCGGCGCUCAGAUUUACUUUCCAAGGCAAUAGUUUACACAUGCAUCCACUACAUGCGCAAGAGUACCCCCACUGCCCAGGAGCUCAUGGUUGUCUGCGACCCAAGCGACUCAAUCUCAGGGUGCCUCAGCCCCAUGCUCAGUAUCUUGAAUAGCCUGGCGCAUGUCCAUGUCCUGCUGGUCAACAAGAAUUGGUCCAUGAUACCCACACUUGAACUUUGUAACUACGCUAUCAUCAUGUCUGUGGCUCUACGCCGGGCUGCCUCUGUUCUCUUUGUACCUCAUCAUGUGCCGACAGACGUUGGAGAGUGCUUCAAAGAUAAGCUAGCCUUCAUGAGGUUCAUGGGCCUCAGUCUGACGUCUUCAGAAAAGAAUAAGGUCAGAGGCACUGACAUGAGUGAUAAGUCUGAAGGCGACGGCGCACCUGAGGCUGAGGCCAAGAACAUGUACCACAACAUCAUUCCCCAGACAUCCGAUAGAAUAGCUAUUUCCUCGUUCGAUGACUUACAUGCAUAUGGAUAUUGCGUUGAUGUAAUAUUCAUUAUUCUCAGCCUGUUAAAUCGGGACAAUCUUGCACAUCUUUGUCUACACAUGUCCACCGGCUCCGCCUUCUCUGUAACUGGCCAGACGUGUGCCAUGGGCACCCUGCAUGUAAGUUACUCUGCUCAUAAGACAGCUCUUAAUGUGGCACGUGAGGUCGUCAGUUCGGUGAAGGCGUUGUCCGGCGGCUCGUAUGCGAUCAUCUCACACCAUGCCUUCUGCAUCUCUGACACCGCGGACAGGUGGCGCAGUGAUUUGGAGAAGGUCUUCCAGUUCUUAGUCCCUAACAUUGACAGACAACAGCGCAAGACGGUCCCGGGCCCAUUUGCUCUGAGUGUGUUCAUACAGCCAAACAUCACGGGGAAGACCCCAUUAAUGUCCGAAAUCUGUUUUUAUGCUAGUUGCGGAAGUAUAUUUACAGAUAUAUUGUAUUUUAUCACAGAAAAAGUGCGUUCUGCCAUCCAGACCAACGGUUGCGGAAUCUUUGACCUGACCUUUUUGCUCGCCUGCUGCUCGUACUUGAGCCAAUUGCGAUUAGAUUUAGAGUGCAUGCAAAAGUGA